GGAUGUAGACGAGCAGAGAACACUGUACAGGACUGUGAUUUAUUACCGUCAUCCUCCUGGGUGGACAUCCCUCUCGUCUCCACUAGGCGUGAUCAAGGCGAGGUGUCACGUGGCACACGCCAGAAUGUGACUCUCUGGUGAUGGGCUUACGCAGCACGUGAACAUGACUACCGACUGCCUCGUUCUCUUGCCAGAGGUCUCCAAUUUGGUUGGCAGAGUGGUGACCAGCUGGCCAAUUGGACGGGGCUCUUUAAUGUCAUGGAUGACCCAGAAGUGCAGAGUGGCAGUGACUCCAGCUCCAGGUACUUUGAAUUUUACGAGGGCCCCUUUGAGUAUAACUCCUCGAGAUGCCUGGAGCUGAGGCACGAGAUCUUGGAAGUGAAGGUGCUUUCCAUGGUGAAGCAGUUGGAGCUGUUCGACAGGUGGAAGAGCCUCCAGAUGUGCAAAUGGGCGAUGAACAUCUCUGAAGCCAACCAGUUCAAGUCCACUCUGUCUAGGUGCUGCAAUGCCCCCUCCUUCCUCUUCACCACCCAGAAGAACACGCCCCUGGGGACGAAACUCAAGUAUGAGGUGGACACCAGCGGCAUCUACCACAUCAACCGGGAGAUCUUCCACAUGUUUCCCAAGGACAUGCCCUACUACCGGUCCCAAUUUAAGAAAUGUGCCGUGGUGGGCAAUGGGGGCAUCCUAAAGAACAGCCGCUGCGGGAGGGAGAUCAACAGCGCCGACUUUGUCUUCCGGUGCAACCUACCCCCCAUCUCGGAGAAGUACACCAUGGAUGUAGGGGUGAAGACAGAUGUGGUCACGGUGAACCCCAGCAUCAUCACAGAGAGGUUCCACAAGCUGGAGAAGUGGCGGCGGCCCUUCUACCGGGUGCUGCAGGUGUACGAGAACGCGUCCGUGCUGCUGCCUGCAUUCUACAACACGCGCAACACCGACGUGUCCAUCCGCGUCAAGUACGUGCUGGACGACUUCGAGUCGCCGCAGGCCGUGUACUACUUCCACCCGCAGUACCUGGUCAACGUGUCGCGCUACUGGCUCAGCCUCGGGGUGCGCGCCAAGCGCAUCAGCACCGGCCUCAUCCUGGCCACGGCGGCGCUGGAACUGUGCGAGGAGGUGCACCUGUUCGGCUUCUGGGCCUUCCCCAUGAACCCCUCGGGCCUCUACAUCACCCACCACUACUACGACAACGUCAAGCCCCGCCCGGGCUUCCACGCCAUGCCCUCCGAGAUCUUCAACUUCCUGCACCUGCACAGCCGCGGCAUCCUGCGCGUGCACACGGGCACCUGCAACUGCUGCUGAGGGCGGCACAGGCUGCCCGCCAGCCCGGCACACGGAACCUCGCUCCUCCUCGCCCGCCCGCCCGCAGGGCAGGGCGAAGGCCCGGCGCUGAGGCGGGCACGCCCUCGGACGCUCGGCUUCGGGCUUGGGUCCUGUGGGCUGGGAGGCUGGGCUGGGGGCCAGGCAGAGUCAGCUCCGUGCCGAGCGCCCCCCCACCUGCGCACGGGUAGCGCGCUGCUGGGCCGCACCUCAAGGUCGUGGCCCUGGGGGCUGCAAGUGAAUCAAGCACAUUUCCACUCCGUUUUAGCAACCAAGAGAGCACAAACUUGUAUGGCCUCUUUGCAGCUAAAGGAAGGCCCCAGCGGGAACGGAAAAGAGGGAGACAGGACGUGUGAGCAUGGUUAAGGUUUAACUCAGGAUUUGGGGUUCCUGAGUCUUAUACCCAGGCCUCAGCCCUGAAUUGUUGUAGAGAACCUCAGAGCUUAGAGGCCAACCCAGCGGCCAGAGCUUCCUGUGGGGACAAUGGCUCAGAGAGGUCCAGGGAUUACCAAGCAAGGUUCCACCAACCGAGUCCGUUAAGCGGCACUGUGAGAGCUGACGCAAGGCCUGUGUGUUACGAUCUUCUGCCGAGACACCGUCAGCCAAGGAGAGCCACACCCUUCAAACGCAUUCUCAGGCACACACAGAAGUCUUGGUGCCUCCAAGUUCAAUCCUGCGUUUGAUCUUUUGAUGAGAAGGAAAUAAACCGGACCAGCCAUUGGCACUGAGGUUUCCAAGCCAAUGUCAUCGACUCAAUAAGUGCUUAGCGACCUGCUUCCUCUUCCGUCUCCCUAUCUUCAGCUCUGUUUUAACCAGGAGUUAUUUAUAAGAUCCGUCCCUCUGUGUGUUCCUGAAUACUGCAGAAUCCUGCUGUAUAAUGUUCCUGAAUUGGAACCGUAAGGCUCCAGACUGGAAAGCGCUGACAUGUGACUGGUGAGCUUAGCGAUGGAAGUGAGCCAUGGUCUCUGACACCAGCAUCACUGGGGUUCUACCGUAAAGGCGGGACUUCCCACAGCACUCAGCCUGGUGACCUUCACACGCAUGGACCCACAGGGCCUCUGUUUUGGGAAGUCAGCUGUACCUAGGCUAAAAGGGGUUCACAUGUCAUUUCACAACCCUUUGCUUCCCCCGUGGUAUUUUGCCUUAGAAUUUAGCUUUGUGGAAUCGCAGAAUAUUAGUCCUGAAAGACCUGCAGCUCCCUCCCCCGUCCCUUCUUUGCUCUCACCCGUCUUCCCUUCCUCCUUUCUCCCCUCCUUCCCAUAAAUAUUUCCAGAAGCCUAUUCUGCUUUGGUUUGGGGCUGGGCUUGGGAAGACAUGGUGACACAUAAAGGCAGUAGCUCUGUCUUCUAGGAGUGGAGGGCGGACCAUAGACAAAUUCUGGCCCCGCCCACUGGGUGUUCAGAGGGAACGGGACCUUUCUUCUGAUCACCUCAGUUUACAGGCAGAGCAACAGGCCCAGCUGGUGAGAGACAGGAGGGCACAGGCCUUGUCCCGGGGCCCCAGGCUCCCCAUCCAGGGCAGAACCCCUUCCUCUUGCCUGGAUUUCAUGUCGGUGGGCCAAUAUGGAGCAAGUGCUCCGUGCACGACACUGUUCUUCUAGAUGCUGGCCUUGGUUCUGAGCUCUGGUCCUCACUGGGAAAACCUGGGGCUGCCCUGAGCCUGUCUGCUUGUCUGCAGAGCGAGGAAGUAGCCGAUGAGGUAAAUUAGGCCCAAGCACUUGGCGACCAGGAAACCCUCCUGAGGACGGUGGAUGGUUAUGCUUCCUGUGCUCUGCCUAUUUCUCCCAAGGAAGGAACGUCUGGAAAGAUUCCAGUUAACUGAGGUCUCCAGCCACUUGUUUGUGGUUAAUUGAGCCCCUUUCUUGAAACUACAGAAUGUCAGAACUCGAAGGCUCUUAAAGACCAUUUUGUCCCACAUAAGGAAACAGGCCCAGGACAGGGAGGUGACCUGGGUCAAGUCAUGCCAGGGGCUCUGUUGAGUGCCUGCUGAGGAUAGAACCCUCUGCCAGAAGCCCUCUGUGUAUGUUCCAGAUGGGGCAGUAUUUGGAGGCAAGAGCCUUGGUGAGUCAAAUACCACGGUUCUCACAGCCAAGGGUGUCAUGGGCUGGUGUCUGCCCCAGCCAGGCCCCUUGUAGGGGCUGGGCUUCCCAUCCUGUGAAGGAGCUGGACUCCUUGCUCUCGGUCCUAUUUAAGUCUCUGGGUCUUAGGGCUAGUCCCUUCCCCUCCCUUAGGGUCUCCGUUUCCUCAUCUCUACAACUAAAGGCUUAAAAAAUA